CCUGCUCCUUGAUUUUUUCUUUCUUUUGAGUAUUUAUCUAAAUUUUUGAAAGCCUAUAUGUUUUUCUCAAGUGGUUUUAACUGGGACGACUAACAGUGAAAUUUGGGUAUUUCAGAGUUGUUUGAGCAGGAUCUACUUGGACAAUGGCUAGUGGAUCUCUCAUUUAAUGGCUUUUAUCAGCUUCUUUUCAUUUUUCUAGCAUUUUGGUGCUCCAUAGAUAGUGAAGUUGUUCCAAUGUAUUAAAAAUGUUGCUUGAUGAAUUCUUGUUAUCUACAUUUAGCCAAAUAAUUUUAAGAGUUCCAUCUUUGUCUGAAAAUCCGAUAAUGUUAGAUCAAGUAUUCUUUGGUUCAUAGAGCCUCUAAAAAUAACAAUUUUACAUUAACGGAAAUUCUAUGAAUGCCCUUUUAUGGAAAUUACAUUAGCUACAAAAUUUUCAAGAAUAAGCCACCGUCUACGGAUAAACUCUAGUGUAGUUGAAUAGAGUCCUCUAGCAUCAGUAGAAAAGGUGAUUCAUUUUGUUAUCUUAUGCAUAAGAGCUUCAGUAUCUGCAACUUAUAGAUUUGAAAGGUCUCGUUUAUAUACAUGAACAAACACCUGUAUUGGUUGUUACAUACAUUCUUAAUAAUAGUAAAUUUCCUUAAUUUCAUUCCACAGUUGUAUGUCUGUUGGUCUUUUUGCGAAUUUGGUACUCGCAAGUAAAAUAUACAAAAUAGAGAUGAAUUCUUUAAUCAGUGGGAGUGGUGGUGGGGCGAUAGCUCGAGUCUGCUAGUAUUAUUGCACAAGAGAAGUUAGUCUGUGAAUGCUUUCUUAUCUUUAGUGGGCAUCACAGUUGAUAAUGUAGAUCGAUGAUUGUGGGAUAUCUAUUUCGUUUGACUUUUCGUACACACAGGGUACAGAAUACCCUUGCAGUACAAGGGCACUAUUUUUCAGUGUGUUAACAGUUUUCCCCUCUUGCAUCAAUUAAUGUUUUACUUUUACAGCUGCUGUCUAACAUUAGAGCUUAAGUUGAUCAUGUUAUCAAAACCUUCCCCAAAUGUUUUUUUAUAGUCAUUGACAAUUGAUGUAAAUUUGACAUUAAAUUUUCGUAACUGAUUACUGAAACCAUUUGUUAAUUUUCUCCUGGUAUGCUUUUCGCUUAUAAACCACAUUGUCUUCCAUUUUUUACUCAGUAGUUCAUUGCUGGAUGAAUGCUUUUGCACUUCUAAGGUAGCUGAGGAGUCCAUUCUUGUCAGUGUAAUAUUCCACAUUCUUCGUCAACAAUAUACAUCGAGUUUUCUUUCCCUGUACAACUAUAUAUCCAGGACUCAAAGACUCUGCAUCGGUCAUCUUUACAAUGUCUUUAUUGACUAAGUUGCGCUGUAUUACCAUUGAUGUUACUGGCACGCUAAUAGCUUACAAAGGGGAGCUCGGUGACUAUUAUUGCAUGGCUGCAAAAUCAGUAGGACUGCCAUGUCCUGAUUAUAAACGAGUACAUGAGGGAUUUAAACUUGCUUAUACAGAGAUGGCAAAGAAACAUCCAUGCUUUGGGUUUGCAGAAAAGAUACCCAACGUUGUUUGGUGGAAAACUUGUGUAAGAGAUUCUUUUGUCAGGGCGGGAUAUGAUUAUGAUGAGGAGACUUUUGAGAAGAUUUUCAGACGCAUAUAUGGGACCUUUGGUUCUUCAGCACCUUAUACUGUAUUUCCUGAUUCCCAGCCAUUCUUGAGAUGGCUCCGUGGAACAGGCAUGACAGUUGGAGUAGUAAGCAAUGCAGAGUAUCGGUAUCAGGAUGUAAUCCUUCCGGCAUUGGGUUUACAACAGGGUUCUGAGUGGGACUUUGGCGUGUUCUCAGGCCUCGAAGGUGUAGAGAAGCCAGACCCGAGGAUAUAUCAGAUAGCCCUGGAAAGGGCUGGAAAUAUUGCACCUGGAGAAGCUCUGCACAUUGGAGACAGCAUACGCAAAGACUACUAUCCUGCGAAGAGCGUGGGAAUGCAGGCUCUGUUGUUAGACAGAUUUAAGAUACCUGAAGCUGAAACUUGGAGGAAAUCUGGUGCUACUGUAUUACCUGACUUGGCGGCUGUAAAAGAUUGGCUUUCUUCUGAGCAUUUGAAAUGCUAAGCAGUUUUACUCUAUUAUUCACUAUCAUGUUCAUGUUUGCUCCCCCACCCGCAUAAUUGGAGGUGUACCUGUUUAACAGAUGGAAAUAUUGGUGAUAAAUUUAUUGAGGCAUUGUACCUAAAAUGUUUUGGGGAAAUUUUAUUCCACUUGAGAUCUGAAUGUUUUUGGGAUUC